UUGAGUGUUUACACGUGUGUUCAUAGUUUUUUCUUUUUGCUAAUGAAAAUGUCUUCAAAUUUCAUUUAAUUAAUGUGAGUGAGCGACGGAUCUUUGCGGUUUUUAUUUAUAGAUGUUUCAUUAAGAAAAAUAAAAAAAAAACACCAACUUAAAAAGACAGUACAAAACGUAUAAAAAGCGAAUUAAUGCGAAUAAUUAAUAACGCCUAAAGAGAUUAUUCCACACUGCUCUGCUAUCUUUAUAAAAAGGAUCUUUUUAACAUCUUUCUAAUCAAUUGACUUAUCAACCCGCGUAAAAAAAGUUUAUAUGCGUUUACUCUAGCCGUUACAAAAUGGAUCAACCGCUUAUAGUGCAAGCAGAGUAUUCCUUUAAGGGCGGCAAUAAUGAUGAGUUGUGCUUUAAAAAAGGCGAUUUAAUAACAGUAACGCAGCGCGAGGAAGGCGGUUGGUGGGAAGGUACGCUGAACGAUAAGACUGGCUGGUUUCCCAGCAAUUACGUAAAUGAAUAUAAGGCACCUCUGCCCAUCACAGAAUCUAUUCGACCACCUGAGGAAAUACAAGAAUAUCGUUCGGUAGUUCUGAAAGAUUUACUCGAUUCUGAACGGGCACAUGUUGCCGAAAUACAAGGAUUAUUGGAAAAUUUCCUGGAACCUUUGCAACAAACGCAAAUACUCACAGCCGACGAAUAUGCUCAACUUAUGUGCAAUUUUGUAGAGAUAGUUAAAAUCCACGAAGAGCUUCUAUCGCAAAUGGAGGAAUGCAACGAUCGAGUGGGAAAAUUGUUUCUUACUAAAGCACCGACAAUGAAACAAGCUCAUCAAGCCUAUUGUGCGGCACACCCUAAAGCCAUCGUUAUAUUAGAUAAACACAAAGAUGAGUUAGAGAAAUAUAUGGAACGUCAAGGCGCCGCUAGUCCCGGUCUUUUAGUACUCACAACGGGUCUUUCGAAGCCAUUUCGUCGUCUAGAUAAGUACUCAGCUAUGUUGCAAGAGUUGGAACGUCAUAUGGAAAACAGUCAUCCUGAUCGUGGCGAUACGCAGCGAAGUGUAUCGGUUUACAAAGAUAUAGCAGCCACUUGCUCAGCCACGAGAAGACAGAAGGAGUUGGAAUUGCAAGUUUUGACGGGUCCCGUAAGGGGUUGGCAAGGCCAAGAACUAAGUUCAUUAGGUGACAUUAUACAUAUGGGGAGUGUAGCGGUGGGACCAGAUCAUAGAGAUCGCUACUUCGUUCUAUUUCCUCAUACCUUGCUCAUACUUAGUGUUAGCCAAAGAAUGAGUGCCUUUAUUUAUGAGGGUAAAUUGCCAUUAACGGGGAUUAUAGUUAAUCGUUUAGAUGAUUCCGACAUUUACAAGAACGCUUUCGAAAUUAACAGCCCUCUUAUUGAACGUAUCGUCGCCAUUUGCCAGGGCCCCAACGAAGCUAACAAAUGGGUGGAACUAUUGACAUCCGUAAAACUCUCAAUGCCUGUGGGGAUAAAACGUCAAUUAAGCAAUUUAAGUAAUGCUUCAAUUGGUGGCGGCGGACAUGUUCAUCAACCACCUACGCACAUGUCUCCGCCAGCCAAUCUAGGUUUGCUAAGUCAACGAAUGAACAAUCAACAACAAUCAACGGCAACAACGAAUUGUGCCGCAACGACCACCACAGCUGCAGCACCGCCAGCCAUGUCACUUCCGUCACAACACAAACGGAGCCUAUCGUUCAAUCAUCACCUAAGUUACAAUCAAUAUACGCACAAUCAGCAUCCACCACCUGCUCAUCAACCUCAUCAUCAACAACAACAACAAAGUCUACCAAAUCAUCCGGCGCCACUUCCAAGCCACAAAUCAAAUUUAGUCCAGACAUCGAGCAGUAUUUCAAAGACUCCAAAUCAAACCCAUCUCCCUCUAAACAUGGCCACAAACGUAAGGAGCGUAAACACAAAAGCUAACUGGAGCAUAACAAAUUUACGUCCAGCACCACCACUUCGGCCAAGUCUGUUCAACGCCACCGCUACAAGUAAUACUGGAUGUGGAGGAGGUGGUGGAAGCAGUUCAAACGCAUUGUCUUCUUAUUUUAAUAGUCGCAAAAAUCAACCUACUUUCGAAGAAGACGCUUUGGUUUUGCGUGUCUUUGAAGCUUACAGCGCCGCCUAUCAAAACAACAUACGCAAUACCAUACAUUCAGUUCUUCAACCAUGGACACCGUGUUUACCCAUACGUGGCGGUAAAUUAAAGACUAGCAAACCUUUCUCCACUUCUAAUCCUCAGUUGCCGUUCUUAUGCAGUACGGGUGUUCCUUUUCCCGGCUCCAGCGGAGCCAGUAAUCAACAAAACUCCACAAAUAGUCUAAAUUCAUCGUAUAUUUGGCGUGAGGCGAGUCCUAACAAUUUUAAUUUAUACUCUUCCUCGAUUUCUUCUCUUAACGCGGCCGGUUAUCGGUAUUCUCUAUCUGGAUCCGCUGGAACUGGUCCUAGCGGCAAUGCGAAUACUUCAUUAGGUGUCUUAGACUACCGUGCCUUAUCAGAAGAGAGAGCUACCAGAAAAUCAUUGAAUCGUCUAAAAAGCGGUUUCGGUUCGGGUUACGAUAAUAUAUUUAUGACGCCUUUAUUGCCACGGAAAAACAAAACGUCACCAAAAAUUAUAAAAAAUAACUGUCAAGGGCAAAAGAGACCACCAAAUAUACGACAAUAUUCUGAAGAACAACCAGCGAGCGCUGCUCAUCCAGGACUUUACGAUCGACGUUUAAAUCGUUCCUUUGAGAGUGGAUCGAGUAAUCGUUACGCAGGCUACGGUGGCGGUUAUAUGUUAGGCUAUGGCCUUAAAUCGACUGCUAUUAGACGCAGUACUCCGCAUUUAACAGGCGACGAAGCACUCGAUGACAGCGAUGAUGUGGACGGUCGGCAUUCGAUUCAAAAGGCCUGCACAACCGCUUUACUUAAAGGGAAUACAAAUGGUUCGGCGACGUCCGCUGUUGAUGCGACCGUAUACGGUGUUGGUAAUGGAGACAGUGAUUCUCAAAGGCAUUCAGGCAAUUGGUGUUGCGGUUUGGAAAACGAAGAUAUGACACCAACAUUGCGUCAAUUAUGGACUGCCAUACAUCAAUUGCAACAGGAUAUGUCGCAGAUUAAGCAAAUUAUAAAUGAUGAGGUGGCUUUAAGAGUGAGUUUACAGCAAUUGUUAAUGCAACAUUUAGAGACGGGCAGUGCAACCGGUAACACAUCAAAAUGUUGACUAUGGAAGUGAAAUGUUCAUUUCCUUCGGCAGACGUCACCAUAAGAAAAUUAAAUGGGGAAAUGAUCACAACUAACUGCAAAGCGAUGAGAUGAGAUGACAUAAACAAAAUCGUGAAAUCAUAACAGGUAACAGAAUAAGUAGAAAUUUUUUUUUAAUUUACAAAAGCAGAAAAAUUAAAAACAAAUUGUAAAAUUAUUUCACAAAUACUGACCUCGCACAAAGGAUGCAAAAAGGAUGAAAUCUUAUAAAUUGUUCAUUCGUUGCAAUUGGUCUUCAUUUUUCUUCAUGCAUGAAAAAUGAAAUUUUUAUGACUAGCGAAUUAACCGCUUGGGUAGUUCGCCAGUUUUGUCCAAAAGCCCUAAUUGAUGGCUGUAUCUUUUCUUCCGCUGGUAGGGAAUUGGAAACAUUGUGAAUAAAAAAAGAUUUUCGCUUCUCUACUUGUGGGUUUUAUUGCCAAUUUAACAACUACGUCGGUUUUUACCAUAAUAUAUGAUUUUAACUCAAGACUGACUCAUGCGAUCUGAUAAAAUAUCGAUCUCUAGCUCCUUAUUUCUCCCUUUAGGAUUUCUCCUAUAUUAGAGAAUAAUAUAAACAUCAUAAUUAAGAUACUUGAUACUAUGGUGAUCUGUUGUGUAAAAUGUGUGCCAUCACGCCUCGGUUGUCUGAUAUUUCGAUCCUGCUGUUGCUAGGAGUAAUAGGUAUGCGUUGAGACAGAGACGCAUCGGCCUUGGCGCUUUAAUUGCACGACACAGCUUUCCGCGUAGACCUCGGUGUCGGUUGUAUAUAUACAUAUGGCGGGUGUAUAUAAAUAUGUAUCUGUUGACAACCAUUUUUUUUUUUAAUUUUUAUAUUUCCCAUUUUUUAUAAAAAUCAGUAGUUUCGAACUGAAUAAUUGAUUCAUUUCUUAUUUUUAUUUCGAUUGAUUUCUUAACCUUAGAUAGUUUUUUUAUAAUCUUUCCCUUUUCUUGCAAAGAAGCUUCGAGUUCAUCUUUGGUUUCUAAUAAAGUUUUAAAAAGAUUUUCAUCAAAUCAUAUUUUUCUGAUAGUGUUGAUGUUGUCCUUUCCCUAGGGGUUAGUCGGUCUGGACUGUAGAAGUACUUGGUCAGUACAAUUUCUAUACAGUAUAUUAACUCUUAUAUUAAAGUCUGAAAUAAAUUUUAAUAUAUAACUUGUAGCUAAAUAAUUGCGGAUUCCGCUCUUUGUUGUUGUCGGUGGGAGCCUAUGCAGCCGCAAAACAGAGUAUAUUAUCUAAAAGUAACGAAUGAACAUUCAUAAGAGCCUUCACCUCUAAACACAUUAUAUGUAAUAUAAUAUAAUGUAAAAAUAUAUAUAAGGUCUUUAUCAUCUUCACGCGAUAUUAAUGAAAUAUGAAUUUAUGUAUUUGUGAAUAUUUCCGGUCAUUCGCAUUCAUACAUUUUGAAUUGCCACUGUUUGAAUUUUUAAACAGUCGUUGAUAUGAACAUAAUUUAAAAAAAAAAAUGGAAACAAAAUCACUUAACAUAAAAAAAAAAAAAUCUCGAUUUUCAUUUCACGAUUAAAAUGUGAACUAAUAUAAAAUGUUCGCAAUAUACGUGUAUGUGUUAUACGUAUGCAAUUCGAGACAAUAUAUAUAUAUAUAUUUAUAUAUAUAUGUAUAACGAAGUAAAUAUAAUUUAAAA